AUGGCCGCGGCGCGGGUGCUCCUGCUCCUGUCGGGGCGAGUGGAGUCAGUGAGCUUCGCGCAGAGUGUGUGUGGCCGCCUGGGCGCCGGGCCAGGGCUCGGGCCGUGGCCCACGCACUGCAGCUUGCAGCGAGGACGGCUCGUCCUCUCCGACAGGCCAUUUCCAGGCGCCUCGGCUAGGCUUCCGCUCCAGAGACCCCCUUUCUGCCCUUUUGCGGCCCUGGACCAGCAGCCCAGGACCCCUGGGUCCAAGCUGCCGACUAAUCGAGGUGUGGAUCUGGGUGUGGCCAUCAUCCUGCAGUCCAGCGACCAGACUGUCUUGUUGACCCGAAGGACACGCACCCUCAGCGUUUCGCCCAACCUCUGGGUACCCCCAGGUGGACAUGUGGAACUUGAUGAGGAGCUGCUGGAUGGAGGGCUUCGAGAGCUUUGGGAAGAGAGUGGACUACAGCUGCUGCAGGGCCAGUUCUCUUGGGUCCCUCUGGGUUUAUGGGAGUCUGCCUACCCUCCUAGGCUGAGCUGGGGUUUCCCCAAAUACCAUCACAUCGUUCUCUAUGUACUUGUGAUCUCCCAGGAGUCACAGCAGCAGCUGCAGGCCCAGAUCCAACCAAACCCAGGUGAGGUGAGCGCCCUUAUGUGGCUGGGACCAGAUGUCGCUGCUGCAGUGGCUGCCACAGAGGACGGGACAGAGACACCCAGACUUCUUCCCCAGGACUUACCACCCUCUGUCCCUGCAGUGGAACUAGAGGAAGAUGGAGGCCGACCUCUGGUCCUGCCCAUGUCCACACUGCUGCGGACGACCCCAACCACGGCAGAUGGUGAAGAGAGGGUCAGCACCGGAACCAAGUUCGCCCUCAGGCUCUGGCUGCAACAUCUGGGCAGGUAAUGGUGAGAAAGGACUUAAGGGCUCCACAGCAUUGGUCUGGAAUGGUCUAGUGUUUUUAAUGGGCAUGGGGGAAAGGAAAGAAGGAAGAAUAGCCACUCUUGGAAAUCUUCAGUGUAACAUCCCGACCAUGUGGAAGUAGAGCUCAUGUGGACCCAGGGCCAGCAAAGGACAAAUGGAACAUGGAGCCUCUUCCCCCAGACCAGGGGUCUGGAAAGUGAAGUGCAUAAUUCCCUCCCCAGCCCACCUCCGUGACAUUCACAGAACAUUCACAACCUUUAUUAUGGGUGAGAACUUUGCUACAACUUUGGGAAUAAAAAGUAAAAUUACAACAUAGGUCCUAGACCCUGGAGAAGCCUGAAAAAGGAUAUUGGGAAGAGGGUACAAGAAUCUUCCCACCUCCCUUGAAAGGUGCAGAAUGAGCCAUGCCUAACCACAGGGCCAUGGGCCUCUAGAAGUUUAGGCCCCGGGCUGGUCAGCAAAAGAAACAUUGUGAACUUAAAUAUAUAAAUAGAGACAUUGGCAGUAGGCCAGACCCUGCUCCCAAACCCCUGAGGAGGCCUUAUCUCCUCUUCAGUCAUACUGGGAAGCAGGAGGCAGGGAAAAAUCAUCUUUGGAAUAUUUUGGUAUUUCUUGUUUACAUACAAAA